AUGGCAUUUAAGAUCCGUUCUUCCAAAUACCGUCACAUCUAUGGCUCCAUUCCAAAGAAAGAACUGUGUUACGAAAAUGUUAAAAUCACGAGAAACACCCACGACAGUAAUUUCUGUGCCGUCAAUCCCAAGUUCCUUGCUGUUGUCACAGAAACCGGUGGAGGUGGAUCUUUUCUUUGCAUUCCAUUAAAAUCAAGUGGUCGAGUGGACCCCAAGACGCCACACAUCUGUGGACAUGCUGGGGUGGUGCUGGAUGUCAAAUUCAACCCAUUUAAUGAUAACAUUAUAGCCAGCUCAUCAGAGGACUGUACAGUUAAAUUAUGGAGCAUUCCAGAGGAUGGUUUGAAGACAAACUUAACAGAAUGGCUGGUGGAUCUCCAUGGCCACAAGAGGCGGGUGGGGUACAUUGAGUGGCAUCCUACAGCUGAAAAUAUACUGCUCAGUGCUGGCUUUGACUACAAGUGUGUUUUGUGGAAUGUUGAACAAGCAGAGCCUGUGAACGUGAUCAGUUGCCAUGAGAACACGAUUUUCUCCAUGUCCUGGAACCAGGAAGGAAGUCUGUUCGCCACGUCCUGUAAAGACAAAAAGUUACGGGUCAUUGACCCAAGAAUGGCCCGGGUUGCAGCUGAGACUCCUACUCUGGACAAUCUCGGCUCGCGAGCAUGGAAGGCUGUGUAUCUCGGUGACUCAGGGCGAGUUUUCACGUCCUACCACAGCAGAUAUUGUGACAGAGAAAUCGCUGUGUGGGACAUUAAAAACUUAUCUUGUCCUAUGAGGACAGAGGGAAUGGAUAACUCCAGUAGUAUAAUCCUGCCCUACUACGACCAAGACACCAAAAUCAUGUACCUCGCAGGCAAAGGGGAUAGCAAUAUUCGUUACUUUGAGAUAGACGAUGAGGACCCAUACACACAUUAUCUCAACUCUUUCAUCACAUCUUUUCCCCAAAGAGGAUUUGGUGUGAUGCCAAAGCGAGGCUGUAACACAGAGAAGUGUGAAGUAAUGAGGUUCUACAAGCUCCACGCCUCAAAGAACCUCAUAGAGCCUUUAUCCAUGAUUGUACCUAGAAAGUCCUCUGUUUUCCAUGAAGACAUUUAUCCCCCCACAGCUAGUCUUAUUCCCUCCCUAUCAGCUGAUGAGUGGAUCUCAGGACAGACCCGGGGACCCAUACUUAUGUCUAUGCUGGAUGGACAUGUAACAAACUCACCCAAAGUAACCACAGCCAAAGCAGCCCAGAACAAGGACAGCAGUUUAUCUCAGGCUCCGACCAUCACAACAUACAAAGCAGUAAACAGGCCCCGCCCAGAGGGGAGUGUCUCCACUCAGCCCUACGCAGGAGAAACUGCUGGUGUGACAAAUCACAGGAAUAUCCCAGCUUCACUGCGGAACAUCAAACAGCUCAGCACCAAUGAGGAAUUUGUCUCAAUCAAUGAUAAUAAGCCCAAUGGCGUGGACUCUGCAGAUUCUAUCAGUCCCCCAGAACAAAGCACCAUUAAGAAAGUCUGGUCCCCAACCUCACCUAAAGCUACCACUAAUGGCUUCUCUGGAGGAGAGAGUGAUAGUGUAACUCACGUGAAAAAGGUGUGGUCCGCCCCACAAACCCCCGCAUCACCACUGUGGUUUGGGGAUUCCCCACCCAACGAAGCAGAGCUGCGAAAAGCCUAUUUCAAACAGCUGGAGGAGAUAUCCAGCCUAAAGGAGCAGAUAUCACUGAAGGACAAAAGGAUUAGGCAGUUAGAGGAGGAGAUAUCUAUGUUAAAGUUACCUGUCGCCAGAGAUGACACAGGACCUGGCCAAAGUGACUGUUGAUUACAAUGAUCACUUAAGUUUUCCAAAUAUGCUAGUCUUGUAAUUCUGCAUUAUUUACUCCUGCCAGUUCAAGUGUGUGCAAUUCUUUUCAGGAUCAAGGCUUAGUUAUGUAAUGUUGAAAGCAAUGGGGCUUGAUUUUACUGAGCAUAAUGUGCAGUAGAGCUGCAGAGUUGACAGAGAUCUAGUUUUCAGAUGAAUUAUUGAAGUCUCUUUUUAGGCUGGAUUGUGUUCAAUUUUUGCAGAAAAAAGGGACAAUCAUUUUAAAAUGACACUAUAUAGCAUUUAUUUGAGUAGUCAUGUCAUGGAAAAAAUAUGUCGAGCUGUUGAGUGUUACUUGAUAUUUUUUGGAAUCUGUGCAAUUACAUAGAUUAGUUAACACUGAGUGUAGUAAUUAUAAAAUUAAAAAUGGCUUCAGUGAAUACUGGGUGAACUAACUCUACAAUACAGCUGAAAGUUUUAGAUGGCAUGAUAUAAGAAAUGGGAUUAGGCUACAUGAGAAUGGUUUGAUUUAUGUUACAUAAAAUCAACAUCAAAUGAUGAGUGAUUCCAAGUGCCAGGUUGAUCUUGCACACAAUAUGACAAAAUUCAAAAAAAUCAAUUGUUCAUUUGUAGAACAUUUGAUACACAUGUAUUGUUUAAAUAUAUUCAUAUGCAUUCCAUAUACUUUUUGUAUAGUUUUUAAAUCUGUUUCUUUUUUUUAUUUUAAGAUGUUUAUUACUGCAUUUGGAAAGUGCAGAUGCCUAUUUUUGUUAUUCAUAGUAAUAUUUUUAUGUAUCAUUCAUUUUUAUCAAAUAAGAAGCAUGUGUUUAUGUAUUGCUCAGAAUCAGUCAUUCCAGUAAAGUAACACAAUACAUAUAAACACCUUUUAGUGCUAAAGUCCCCAGAUGUGUUCUGCGGAAAAAAAAUUUAGAAACCUUUCAGAAAUACAGUCCAAUCUUGUUAUUUUAAAGUCAGCAUGCAAAGGAAUGAAUUAUGAGAUAACCAGGGAGACAAGUUAAUAAGGUGAAAAUAUGCAUUGGAGAAAAAGUGUUUGAGAAUUUCAAAUCACUGAGACAUUUAGGAAUUGUAAUAAUGUAUCAAUAUGACAAUAACACUGGUUUCAAUUUCAGUAAAGCUGCAUGUAUCUGUAUAACCCACACACAUGACCACAGCAUUUCAAAAUACAGUCAAACCCUGAUAUCUUAAACUAGAAGGGAUUGAGAAUUCGAGAUAUCUAUUGUUAAAAAAAAUAAAAGAACAAAUGAUUGGGACUCCCAAUUCUGUAUAACAUAUAUCCAUGGUAUCAAGAUAUCAGUGUUCGAGAUACUGAAGUUCAACUGUAAUUACAUAUAACACAAGCUGCAGUAGUUGGUUGUGUAAGCAGUGCUACAUUGUACUUAACCUGUGAUUUAUAUGAUUAUACACUGUAUAUAGUUUUAUACACUGGUAAUGUGCUUUUUUAAAACAGUAUUUUUUAAAAGACCAGUGCUGUACAGUGUAUAUAAGCACAAUUUUUAUGUCUUAUUAUGGACAGACAGUGAAAUAGUCUGACAACAGUCGAUCAAAACAAUUAAAGCAAGCCAUCAAGAUAUACAGACAGUAAUUCACUUAUCCUCUGUCAGAGUUUCUCCUUAAGUGUUCAUCGGAAUAUUUUUUUCACUAUAGAGAAUUCACAUUGUACAUGAAAUGAUCAUGAAUAUGAAAAUAUAACAUACAUGCAGUCAUGUAUAUGUGUAUUUACUUGCAAUUUUUAAAUUAAUUUUGCACCAAUAUAUUAUCUAAAUAUACUGUAUACAGGGUUAUUUUCGCUCCGUGUUGUUUUCGCCCUUUCACAUUUGCAAACAAUUUUGCCAGUCGUUUUAAAUUCGCCCAGAAACAGAUUUGUUUAAGACAUAAUACUGUUUACUUUGAAUUUGCUCCACUUCAGACGAGGGUGAAAAUUUCCCUGUAUACAGUAGUUCUGAUUUUCAACAUCAGGUUAGUAUUAUAAAAUUAUUUCAGCUUGUCCUUUGCUUGUCUGAAUGAUGGUGAUCAAGGCUUCCAAUUAAUUUAAAUCAAUGCAGUUUAGUUAGGAAAGCUAUGACAAUUUGAUUUGCAGGUUCAUUUUAAACGUGUUCAAGCUAAUGGUGAUAUAUUUUGGGCAUUUCUAGUAGUUGUCACAGUUAGAAAAUGUGGCUUUUGUCAGGUUUACAAUGUAGAAAUAUAGAAUUUUGAUUGAAGCACUUUUUUAAAGCAUGCAGAGUCAGAAUAAAAUUAAUAUCAAAUUGUUAAGAUACUUUUUUCACAUGUUUAAAAAGAUAGAAAUGUAGAUAUUGUGAUCAACUGAGUUUUUGUACCAUAAGAUCAUAUCAGCAUCAUAGUUUUGUCUUCAGCUCUUUUUCCUCAAACUUUUAUACUUUGACAACAACAGACCUGUUUACUCAUACGAUUUUGCCGUAUUUUGUACGGAUUUUAAAUCCAAAAUACGUCUCACGUUUUGCUAUUAUGAAUACCGAAAUCGGAAAUCCGUUCUUUCGAUUUAAGCAGUUAGUUUUCGAUAUGAUCUGUCUCCGAAUGCUAAAAAAAGAGAAAGAUUUCAAACAAUUAAGUGAUGUCAGGGUGUUACCAAGUUUUGGUAAUCAGAAAUGUAGUUGUUCUCUAAUAAUAUAUGUAAAAUGGAUGGAAAGUAAUAUCUUACUGAAAAAUGCCAAAUCUCACUGACAAAUCUAACGAAAAAUACUGAGAAACAACAACAAUGGGUAAACAGGUCUGGAACAAAAUACACCCUGAAUUUUUACUAUCAUCUAGUAAUUUUGAUGAGAUAUUGUUAUGACACCUAUACACAGGACUUUAUUCCUAUAUUUAUGAUGUUUCUAAAAGGUAAACAAUUAUUUUUGGUGAUACAUUAAAAAGUGCUUAAACUUUUUUCAAUGAAUAAUAUUUACAGAUUCUUCAAAUUUGUUUUGUCUUUUUCAUUUAUAGUAAUUUACUUAUGUAAGUUCUGCUUCUGUAUGGUCAACAAAUUAACCUAAAAAGUAGCUAUAUUGUAAACUAUAAUCUGUUUUAUCUAGCUGGCAUUUCAAUAAAUUCACUUGUAGCAAAGAUAUUUAUAACUGUUUGUGAAUUUUUUUUUAACUUCAGAAUAAAAUAUUAUUCUCUAUAUAUCACUGUUCACUAUAAAGGUUUUAAUUGUACUUUACAUAAGAAACUGUAAUAUAUUACUACAUGUAACAGAAUCUCUUUCUGUAAUAUUAGAUCUGUCUCAAUUAGUCAAUUAGCAAAAUAUCUGUAGCAAAGUGGAGUAUCAAUUUCUAAAAAUCUUGAUAAUUUCCUCAUUUUUCAUUCCUCUAUCUUAAACAUUGAUUUUAUCCGUAUUCAAAGAAUAGAUUUUUAUAUUAGUUAAGAUGUCAUAUUUUUCUUUAUUCUUACAUGUACAUUAAUUUCAGUCUUUUCCACGAAAGUAUGAAGUUGGAACUUGAUUUCAUGAAUUUAUCAUGGAAAACAUUUUAUGCAAUUUUUAUCUUUUAUAUAAUUGAACUACAAUCAAAAUAUUGACCAGAA